GUCGCCGAGUGUUUGAAAGCUGUUCGCAGGGUGACAACGGUGGCCUCGGCGCGCUAUGGAGCCGAGGCUAGUGAAGCCGCCCGGGCAGGAUUUGGUAGUGGAACGUCUCAAAAGCCGCUACGGACUAGGGGGUAGCCGCUUCGCCGAGUAUGAUUUUUCAAAUUUUGAUCAGGCUAAAUGGAAGAGAAGAUUGCUAACCUCCCCAGAUGAUUUGGGUAUCUUCUCAUCUGGAGAUAAAGUGGGUUCAUCAUUAAGAUGUUAUUCUGAUGAAAGAAAGCAUUGCACAACACCGCUUUGUAGUUCAUUCAAACACUUAAAUGUGAAUUGCCUAGAUGAUGAACUGGAUUCUUUUCAAGAUUUGAAGCAACGAGAAAAAAAAGAAGAGUUAAUUGAGAAUGAUCAUAGAAUUAGUACCUCCAAAAUAACCAAACAGUCUUUUAAAGACAUAGGAAAAGCACAACAGGAGUUUGCUGAAGAACUUCAAAAGCGGGAAUGUUUUUUAGUUGAAAGAGAACAACUACUUUUCAGACAUGAAACUGCUUUGAGUAAAAUUAAAGGUGUCGAAGAAGAGGUUCUUACAAGAUUUCAGAUUAUAAAGGAGCAACACGAUGCAGAAGUUGAGCAUUUAACUGAAGUUCUUAAGGAAAGAAAUAAAGAAAGCAAGAGGCUAAGGUCCUCUUUCGAUGCAUUGAAAGAAUUGAAUGAUAACUUAAAAAAGCAGUUAAAUGAAGUAAGUGAAGAAAACAAGAAGAUGGAGAUUCAGGCUAAGAGAGUUCAAGCUCGUUUAGAUAAUUUACAGAGGAAGUAUGAGUUUAUGACAAUACAGAGAUUGAAAGGAAAUUCGCAUGCUGCUAAUGAAAUGAAAAGUUUAAAACAAGAUAAAGUACCAGUCUCAAAAACUCACAAGUGGGUGGCUAGUGAUAUUUCACUGUGGGCUGUUAAUAAUUUUGAUAAAUCCUCUAGUUCUUUUCAUGAAGUGGGAAUACAGCAUCAUUUAAAGAUAGCUGUGGAGGAAUCUCAGUUACAAAAUCAGGAGCCACCAUUGGGCAGUGUGACUCUGAAGCUUUUGCCUGUGAUGACAGAGCAGCUGCAGUGGAUGCCAUUUGUGAAUACAAAACUUCAUGAGCCUUUUGUAAAAUUUAUAUAUUGGUCUCUAAGACAGCUAGAUGCCGGAACACAGCAUUCAACCAUGACAUCAACAUUGAGGAGAUUGGGUGAAGACAUAUUCAAAGGAGUAGUAACGAAGGGAAUUCAAGAUAAUUCUUUAGAACAUUCAGUGGAGAAUAAACCAAAGACAGCUGCUUUCUUUAAGAGCUCCAAUUUACCAUUGAGAUUUUUAUCAACUUUAAUUGUUCUCAAAACAGUCACUCAAGCUGACUACCUGGCUCAGGCAUUUGAUUCUCUCUGUUUGGACUUGAAGACAGAUGAAGGAAAAGUCUUGUUUUUGGAGUAUCAAGCUGUUCCAGUAAUACUAAAUCAUCUCCGAAUAUCCAGUAAAGGACUCCUCUCUAAUGUCAUUGAUAGUUUGCUUCAGAUGACAGUGGAAUCUAAGUGUGCAACUAAGUUAAUGUACUUGUUCUCUUACAGGAGUAAUAAGAAGCUCUUUGAACUUUUUACUAUUCAUCUGAUGCUUCAAGAAUUACAAAGGACAACACAUCCAGAGCAGGCCUUUCUCUGUAUUAACCUAAAUUCAACUCUGUUCAAUUUGGGUUUGACAAAACGCAACUCCUUGGCCUCCAAUGCAAGCCAUUAGACUGGCUUAUUAUUAUUUCAUAAUAAUAAUGUGUGUUGCUUAUUUGUAAGAUUGUAAAAAUUACCAAAG